UUUGAACUUUUUCUUUACUUAAUGUAGUUUUAGAUCCUAUUAUAUUCGUAAUUGAAGUAUCCGCGUCUGUUUUAGUAUGAAAAUUUUCUUCUUUCGUAGGAAUAAUUUGUUCACUUUUCUCAUUGUACGCAUCAAUUGCAUUAUUAACAAUGUAAGGUUUAUUUAUCUGUAAAAGAUUGAUGUAUACUUGAUCAAACUAACUGGUGUACCAAAAAUCUUACAGUAUUAACAGUGCUGAAUUUUUGUGCAUCGUUUGUUAGAUCUGUUUCAACUGAAAGAAAACCUUACAUUAAUAAUUAAUCAUUUGUUGAAUAUAAUAACAAAAUAAAAAUACCUUCGUUUAAUGAAGUAUCUUUUCGUGUUUUACAUGUUUUCGCAUUGCAUGUUGUUUUUUUUCUAGUGUUUUCACAUGAAAUACUUUCUUGGACAUAAUUAAGUCUAUUGCACUGUUCUUUCAAAGAUAAAACAUGAUGAGCACAGUGGCACAGACGACCAAAAUUAUUCUUCUGCUUGUUACACUGUAUAAGUCAUACUUUCAUUUACAAAUUGCUCAUGUACAAUAUAUUGUAUUUACCUUUUUACACAUUGGAUAAGAACACACAUUAAAAUCCUCUUCCAUUUUUUGCAAUUUAGAAAUAGUCAUUAGCUGUUGAUUUAAAGUAUCAAGUCGGGCUGUAAUACUGUACAUUCCAAAAUUUACUCAAUAUUUCCAAAACAUUUGUCAUAAUGUCAGUGUAUGAUUGUGUUAUGAUUACUAAAUUUAAAUUGACACUUUAUAAGCACAUGCAAUAAAAUGUGCAAACAAUUGAUACUGUCACUAUCUUUGUAGACUGUCUAUUUUUUUUUUACUCAUUUAACCUUUUGAUUUAUUAUUAGUCUAUCGCUGCAAAAUUUACUUUAAUCAUAUAUUUAUAAGCCUCACUCAAAAAUAUAGAAUUGGAACAGAAAAUAUUAAUGAAAUAUUAAAUAAUAUCAUCAAGCAAUGGUGCAUUGUUUCAAAUUUAUUAAGCAGAAAAAACAACGUUAUAUAUCAUGGAAUAUUUUAUUCCUCUGGGGAUUUGGAUUGUGGAUAGCUUUAUGCACAAGUAACAUAUAUCAUUCAGACAUUUUAACGACAAGAGCUACAUUAAUUUCUCAACAAAACUGGAAUCCUACUCUCACAUACAAUAUUAUGAUAGAAACAGAACCUGUGGAAAAUUUGACAUACAUUACAGCAACAAAUUACACUUUGUGUAGUACAAUACUACCAUUAAAAGUUGUGCUGCAAUAUAUGUAUGUUCCUAUAUCUAUGUGCUUUGCAUUAAUACUUCUAUGUAUACGUGAACAUAUUAGAAAAAGUAUAAAAAUAUUGAAUGAUAUAAUAUAUAACAUACAUUCGAUUGACUUAUAUUCAAAAACUAUUGCAAGAGAUCAAAGUAAUUAUGCUAUUAAAAGAAGAACAGUAACACAAAAUAGUGACUGUAUUUUACAAUCUAAAUUGAUUAUACAUUAUGAAAUAAGUGCACAGUAUUUACAGAAGAAAUGCAGUUACACAAAAUUAGAAGAAUAUAUUUUGAAGGAACAUGUGCAAAAUGGAAUUACGUUUAGUCGUUACACAUUCUUCCUUUUUAAUAGCUAUACAAUAUAUUCUUUAAACAAUCAACAAUUACAAACUGCUUGUAAUCUAUUGACGAAAUAUUCAGAAAUUUGUAAAUCAGAAUAUACGAAAACAAAGUUAUUACCUUUAAAUAAUGACAAUAGAAAAAUUAGUAAUAUUUAUAUAAAGAAAAGUUUACAGAAUGGUAUCAUUACUUCUUCUCCGGAAUUUAAAAAAUUCUUAGCGAAUUUACGAUCUCGAAAUUUUUAUCCUUGUAUGCUAGGAAUGUCUGCGAAUUACGUUAUUCGUAAAAAAUUGAUUUAUAAGUAAGUCGGAGACGAUAUUGUUUUAAAUAAACUAUCUUUAUUUACACGAACAUUUUCAUUUAAUACUUUAUUAACUCGAAAUAUACUACAAGAUACAAAACGCAUUCCUUCGGUUAAAUCUUAUAUUUAUUAUAUUAAAUUUACACAUUCAUACUUCCAUACAUGGGUCAAUGAAUGGUUAAGUCAGAUUAUAAUUUUUCAUUUCAUUAAUGUAUGUUAAAAGUGAUAUGUAUAAUAAUGAAGUUUAGAACGUAUAAAAAUACAUACAAAUUUUAUAAAAUAGUUGAAAUUCUUCUUAAAACAUCUAAUAACUAACAUGAAGAUUUGAAUGCCUAAUAAUACUUCUUAAUAAGUUAAGGAAACAAAAUACUAUCAGUUUCAAUGUUAAAAAUAUUUUUGGUAUUCAAAUAUUUACAUCUAUUUUGUACGAUUUAAAAAAAAAAUGAUCAGACAUUAAAAAAAUAUCUUUUUUAUGAACUAUCAAUUAAAAUGUAUCUAGGAGUCUAAUCGAGCUAGCAAAGUACAACAACAUAAUCUCAUAUGAUAAGAUUCACGAAGAAUUUUGUAAAACUGUUCGUGUUCGUUUUAUAUUGCCCGUUUUACAAUUGUUCACGUUGCUAGCAAAUCUUAGCGAGUUCAACGUUUCGUUAUAACAUUCAUCUAAAGGCGAUAUAUUCAGCAACAUCAAAGUCUUUGAAUUGCCACCCAAGGAUGGCAUUAAUAAAUGGGUAAGCUUUGAAUUUCUAUAGGGAAUAUGUUCUUGUCUUUUCAGAAGGGCAAGAAUAACAUUACCUAGAUUCGCUAACGAUUUAUUAAUAUUUUUCGUUUCUGCCAUUCGAACCGAUUCCUCGCCUUUUAAUCGUUCAGAACCCGCUAAGUCGACUAAGUUUAGGUUUCCAAUUGAAAUCUCUUCUUUCGUAUUAUGUACUCCAAUGAGUUUUAUCCUUGUAACUGAAUGCGAUCUUGAUGAUCUAAAAAAUUUAUUACCAUAGUUAUUUCAUAAAUUUAUUAUUAUCAUUAAUAUAUACGAUAUAAUUUACCGCUCAUUUGAUUGAGUAGCCGCAACUGCUCUAUUACGCUGAGCAAUUAAAAGACACUCGUGCAAUUCUUCAGGACUAUGUAUUUCCUCAAUCUUUAGAUUGCUAACAUACAAGUCAUGUCCUUUACUAUCAGCCAUUCGGAUCUCAUGUGUCUUUGAUUGAGAGUCCAAUAAAUCGAUGAUAUGCUCAUUAUAAAUUUCAAGAAAACUGGCUUCUAUUCGAUAUUCCCAACCAAGUAAUUGAAAUUGUUUCAUUUCUUGAAAUAUAUGCCGUACCUAAGUAUGUAAAGUGAACUAAGUUUCUUACUACUGGAAAAUAUUUUCUAGCUAUAAAUAAUCUAGACGAUAUACCGUUCUAGGUAUCAUGCCUUCUGUUUCAAUGCCUGGUACACCUUCCAUGGUAUAUGUUUUACCAGAACCCGUCUGGCCAUAAGCGAAUACACAAACAUUAUAUCCUUCCAAAGCAGAUUGAACUAGAAGGGCCAAUUCUUCAAAGAUAUCUUCCUGUUUAGCUGUAGGUGGAAAAACUUUAUCAAAAGAAAAUUCCUGACGUGUCCCCCUCACUUUUCCACUGCAACUGAGCGAAUCGGAACCAUCUGACUUGCCUACUUCAAUGGUGCAUUCAUCUACAAAGUUCAUGGUGCAUGUUCUGUAAAUAAUAAAUGCGAUUGUAUUAUAUUUUAUUGAAUUAAAUUUUUGCACCCGUUAUCUAAAAGGUACCUACACUUUCCCAAGUUCAGUUGGUGUUCUAGGGCGCACUCUACAAAAUACUCUAAUAUUUCCCUUCAGUUCUUGAAUAGCAUUGUGUAGAAUUCUACGAUCUUUGUCCAUUGUAUGAACCAAAGAUUGUAACUCAUUUUUAUUUGUCAUCAAUUCGUCAUUCAUUUGUUUCUGAAGAUCUAAGUUUGUCCGUAACUCUUUUACUUCAGAGUUAUGCUCUAAAAUUAUUGCUUCCUGCAUAGUACAUUUCUCUUUAAACAGUUUUAAUGAUUCCGAAGCAUUUUUAAACAAUUCUUCUGAUAUCUCUAGACGUUUACUUAAAUCCUCUCUUUCUGCCUUAACUUCUCUUAGUUCAGUAUCUAAUAUCUUAUUCAGGUUCUCAUAUUUUUCUGCUUGUGAUUUAUACAUAUUUACAUUUGUUUCUAAAGUAUUCAACUUCUCCUGAGCAAUGUUGUACUUAGAUGCAGUUUCUUUAUACAGUUGUUGUAUAUUAGAUAACUCAUUACUUUUAUGAGCCAAACGACCCUUCAAAUCCCAUUUAGAAGGUUUAGCUGCUCCAGCUGCUGUUGCAGUUUUACCUGUUGCAUUUUGUACUGUCUUAUUGGUUGUAUUACCAGUUAACAUUGUGCCAGUUCUUUGUAUAGUUGGCUUUACAGGCCUGGUAAAUUGUUUUUUGGCUUCUGUGUGCAUUGUAGUACCAGUAGCUGGUCUCUUAACUCCUUUUGUAACAAUGGACGACAUAGUUUUCGAUCUAACAAGAUUUUGUUUUGGUGGAGGCUUAUUUUCAUUUGCAGAUUUAGAAUUUAUGUUUAUUGUACUUUUAGCCUUCUUCAGUGUCUCUGAAGUACUAUUUGAACUUGAUUGUGGCAGGACAUUUUGGUCUUUUGUCAUCUUCUGAUUAUUAACUUUCAUGUUGUUAGUAAUUGUUCCACUGAUUGAGUUUCCUAAUUGAAUUUUUGGCUUUGGUAAGCGUGACUCCAUCUACAAAACAAGAAGGUACUGUUCAUACAAGUACAAUAAUAAUUAAUAAAUCUUCCAAAAGCUCAGUUCAAGCAACAACACAUGCAUUACUCAAAUAUCAACCAAACAAUAGCAUCAAUCAAACUUUUAUCAAAUGAAUCUAUUCCCUUUCCACCAUUCAUGCAUCUUCAAAUAUAAAUGUUUAUGAAAUCAUUUAAGGUCGUGUCAAUUGUAACCAGAUUUCAAUAACAUUUAGAGUAUGUUGUUCGUGAAUAGAAGAAUGUAUACGAACGACAGUGACAAUUUUAUAAAACAAACCUCUUUGCUCACAAUAACACAAUAUCAAAUCCCUCGCAGACACACGAGUAACAGUUUACGAAGUCAAAUGUUUAUUGUCAAAAUUACCUAAUAUUCUCAUAACAAUAAAGUGUUUAUUUUGCUCGUGGACACAUGGUGUCUAUUAGAGGGAGCGCAAGAACAAACCGAUCGGAAUUCACCGGUAUAAAUUGAAAGAACACUGUUACAAGUUUUACACUCCGACAGCGGUCAAACGACGGUUAAACAAUAUCCGCUACAUUUAUUUGAACUUGAAUUUGGCUAGUCUCAGCCAAUCGGGAUAAACUGCAUAAGCGGAAACCAAUCUCUGAUAGGCUAUACAAGUUAUGGCCAAUAGCAGCUCUUUAUUAUACCGCUUUCAUUGUGCUACCUAC